UUGGUGCCUCAUGAAUAAUUUAUAAGAGAUGGCGGACACAGAUCACUUGCAAAGUUGAGUUUACAAACUUUGGGACGGCAGACAGAUUAGUACGACGCGCUCCGCGGAAAGGAAAAGUUCGUGAAAACUUUUCCCAUGUAGGGAAAACGAUUAAUUUGUUUUUUUGGUCUUCCAAAAACGCACAUAAGGCUAUUUUAAAACCAGAAAACCUGACUUGUAUUGGGAAGUCAUUGGGGUAGACUUUUUCCUUUUCAAUUGUCGUUAUUUUAACUAUCAUUCUACAAAUUGUCAAGUAUUUUUCCUUUUAAGAAAAUGAGCAACAAUCAUUUGCAACCUUUUCCCGGACAACAAGUUAUCCGUGUUGCAAAGGACCUUGACACAGAUCUGGAAGCUCUUUUUAACUCCGUUAUGAACCCACAGCCGAGUUCCUGGAGGAAAAAAGUCCUUCCCGAGUCUUUCUUCAAGGAGCCGGACUCCGGGUCGCACUCACGCCAGUCCAGCACCGACUCGGGGACGCAGCCGGCCCGGCUCACGGCGCAGCACGUCCGCUCCUACUCCUCUCCUGCCUCAUUGCAGGUCGGAACCGGACCCAGUGCCAGCAGCAGCCCGGUGUGCCACCCUCGGCACCAAUCUGUUGAUGUCACGGGCGAGCUGCCCCUGCCACCGGGAUGGGAGAUGGCUUUUACCUCUUCUGGUCAGAGAUACUUUCUUAACCAUGUUGACAAGAUCACCACUUGGCAAGACCCCCGCAAGACCAUGACCGGCGCCGUAAUCCACCAGGGCCUGCAUGCCCCACCCACCCCUGGCCCCGUGCAGCAGUGUCCCGUGGCCCAGACUCAGCCAAACCUCGGACCACUGCCUGAGGGCUGGGAGCAGGCAGUGACCGCUCAGGGAGACACGUACUUCAUUGACCACAAAACUCAGACCACAUCCUGGUUUGACCCACGUCUGGAUGCCCACCUCAUGAUGCCCCCCCACCACCAGUCACACCUGCAGCAGCCGCCAGCCCCGCCCAUGGCCCCCAGCGCCCCCCCCUCCCAGCCGGGCGGACAGGCCGGUGUCCUGAACCUGCCCAAGCCUUUGGCCACCCAGCAGCAGCACCAGCAGAAGAUGCAGCUUCAGCGAAUCCAGCUGGAACGGGAGUGCAUUCAAAUGCGACAGGAGGAACUAAGGAGACAGGAGGUGGCACUGUGCCGACAGCUUCCUAUGGAAUCCGAAACCAUGGCGCCCACUGCCAUGACUCAGGGUACCAUUCCCACAAACAGCUCCGAUGCUAUCAGCGGACACUAUCACUCCCGGGAUAAGAGUACCGACAGCGGCCUGGGUUUGGGCUGCUGCAGCCACCCCACCACCCCUGAGGGCUUCCUAAGCAUGGACGAAAUGGACACAGGAGAGAGCCUGAACCCAGGCGUUAUGGGUGUACCACAGACAAACCGCUUUCUGGAUUUCCUUGACUCGUUGCCCGGCACGGACGUGGACCUCGGCACGCUGGAGGAGACUGAGCUUAUUCCGAUCCUCAAUGACGAGGAGUGGUGCUGAAGCAGAACCCAGCCUUUCUGCCUCGGUACCGGGCCAAAGCGGAGGCAGGGGGGAGGCAGGGCUUCCCCAAAUCCUGCCUCGGUUCCAUUAACUGCCUGAAAGAUCCUGCUUGGAUCCUUUACAAAACAAAGCAGCCUAAAUGAGAGAAAAAAAAUCACUAACCAAAGGCACAUUGUUCGUUUAGUAAUAUGCAAUAGGCAGGUAUUACAUUUAGCACCACGAAAUGCAGUAUUUUCAAAAUGAAGAUCUACAUUGUGCUCUUUGCUUUUAAUGCCAUAAUUGUGUAUCCACGUGCAAAGUAUUUACACUUCAUUCCUAUUUCUGAGAGCAAUAUCCAGAGCAGGUUUUUUUAAAAAAAAAAAAAGAAGAAAAGAAGAAGAAAAAAAAGACUUAUUAUGAGUGUCUGUGCGCUGAUUGUGGUGGCGCCCUCUGUCUGUGGUGACACUGCGCUGCUCUGAAAAUAGCUCCAUCCUGUCUUCCAGCAAAUGGCCGCUAUGAUUUCAAAAUCAGCUCAGAAGCCUUAAGAUAAAGUUUUUGCAGCGACCAAACAUGCCUUUCUUAGUGCCUGUGACAUGCUACAUGUUACAGGCUUUAUAACUUAACCUCUUUAAAGUCGAUUUAGGUUUAUUGGUAUUUUAGCAGAUCUGCACACGUUGUUAAUUUUUUUGCGGCUUCAACAUCACUGCACCAGACUCAUAUGCCAAGAAAUUCCCAAAUAGCCUUUUAUGUUUUUUUUAAAAGUUUUUUUUAUAUAUAUAUAUAUAUAUAUAUAGAAUGCUACAGUAUUCCUUUCCUAUACUGUAAAAUUAUCCAAAUAUGUUCUUUAACAUAAGGUCUUUUUUAGUUUUGUUAAUAUAGUUUGCAUUUUAGUAUUUAUCGGAAGUUAUGAUUCUUUAGAGAGAUUUUAGGGUUUUUAAUAAAUUUAAACUUAAAAGCACUACAACUGUGGAUUAAAUAAGAUCUGAAUAUGAAAGGAAUGUUAAGUCUAUUGAUAAUUUGGGUAAUCAGAAAGCUCAGUGUGGUUAUAUAUAUUCUAGCAAAAUAUUUUGCAAUAUUGUGAUCCAUAUAGCCUAAUGAACAAAUAGUAUGAUCAUAUUCAUAUUGCAGGAUAGGUUGAUUUAAAGCCAAAUGUUUUAAACACCUGAACAGCAGGGAAUAUGUUUCGUGUUUCAUGCCACGUGAAUAAAAAUAGGCUGUAUAUGUAAAGAAAGGAUACUAGAAUGAAAUGUAUGGGGCCGUUUCCUUUUAAAACUAUGCUGCGAUUCCAUUUGAUUGUUCAGAUUCGUAUUUGUGUUGCAUGUUGAACUGUAUUUCCUUUUAUUUCGGUUUGAUUUAUUCUGGGAGGGGAGGAGCCACGAGAGGGCGCUUCUGUUCAACCAAUCAAGGCAAUCUGAAUGCGGUGACUCUAUAUGAAAAACAAUAAUUAAAAACCAGGACGGUAAAACUGCAGAAUCCGUCUCCAGUGCAAGGUCGUUCUCCUCUAUCAGCCCAUCAGGUUAAAAUAAUGGGAACUGCUAUCACUAAAGUGUUACCACUGUAUUAAUGUAAAACCAAUGCACCGUGGACCUAUAUAAGGAGGACGUCCAUAUAAAAGGCUAAAAUGGCCUUUAUUGUGAUACUGUUAGGAGGAGUGAUUCGAUUUCCAAAGCAGAAACUGCGUUUUUAAAAUAAAUUUUAAGAGUUCGUUUUGGAGCACGUGGAAGUAAAUACAGUAUGAUCGAUGACGUAUGUGACGUUUAAGGAAGUAUGACUAACUUGAAUGGUAUUACAUUGGUUCCUAAAUGGAAAUAUUAAGUUGUUUCUCAGUGUAGUUUUGUGUUUGCGGUAUUUUUCAAAGUAUUGUGACUCUUGGUGGCAUGCUGGUGAAUCCUGGAAUCACACUAACAAUAGCUGUGUUUGAUUUCUCAUGGUAAUUUCACAAGGAGUUCACACCGAAAAUGUAAUCUCAAAAAAUGAGCAAGAUCAGCAAAAAAAAAAACAACUUUUGUAACUAUUGUAUUAAUUGUUUCAAAUCAAAUAAAAUAAUUUUAGUAUCAUUA